AACAACAUGCAGGAGAGGAAUCUAAAAGUACCUGCCGGCCCUCCCACACCCACGGAUGCCCUCCCAAUAAAACCCUUAUCGGAAAAGAAGAUACAGUCUUAAAAUGUCUGUAAAAUAAAGUGUACUUAGCUCGCGCAACUGGCGCGACCCCCCCGGGGUCUAAGCUCCAGCGCCGUCCGGCUCCCCGGGGUGUAGCUUCGCCGGGCGGCGGAAUGAAUCACAGCUGUGCGCCUGGGCGGCGUCCACAGGCAGCGCCGUGAGUAGAGCAGUGGCAACCAGCCCACUCCUACUCCCAGCCCUGCUCUUGCUACAGGAGGCGACCAGCCUCCCCUCCUCACGCAGGAACGGCUCCUCCUCUCUGUCCAUCUUCACCGCCGGCAGCCCUACCUGGCAGCGAGCGGCACCCUCCCCCCGAAGGAUUGAGCGGCUGGCUGCUCUGGCGAAUGCUCUCUCUGCAGCAUGCUGCUGCCUCUCCUUUAUCAGUUCUCAUCAAGCUGUGAUGACCACCACCUGUGCUGUUCUCCCCGCCCACCUCUUCAGAGCAGGACGGCGAGCCCACAUCACAACUUUUUGGAUUUGAAUGUGUUAACUGUACUUUUUGUAACAUGCAUAAUGAAACAUCAGAACAUUUAUUUUAUGAUUGUAUAUUUUUGGGAGGAUUUUUUACAUUGGUUUACUAACUUUCUGCAUGUUCCUGAACUUAAAAAAGAAAAUGUUUUAUUUGGUUUGAUUAUAAAAAAUGUAUUGCAUUGUAAAAUAAUUAAUACAACAAUAAUACUCGGUAAAUUCUUUAUACAUAAAAACAAGUUCUUAAAAUCCACACCAAAAUUUUGUGUCUUUCAUAGGGAACUACUUUUAUUUUUCUCAUGCCUUAAAUAUGUCAAGACCAAAAUUGCUGUGAAAAUGUACAAUGAAGCAGAAAAUAUUGGACUUCUAAAAAGUCUCUAGCUUUUUUUUUGUCAUAAUAUCGUUUUCCUUGUAUUUUAUUUUCUGUAUAUUAUAUUUUUUUUCUCUUUUUUUCUGCUCGUUUCUCUCUUGCGUCUGUUGGUUGAACCUGUAUGUGCUUGUAUUGUUCUCGAAAUUGCUAAUAAAGCUUUAAAAAAAAAGGUUGUAAAGAGGAAAUGAUGUAACAUUUGCGCAUGGGUAGAAGUGAUUGGGUAGCGGUUACAGAUAGGGGUUUGGCAAGAGCAAAUUCUUCGAAGGCAGAGAGUAGCUGUUGUGCCCUGCACCAGGCGGAGCUCACACCGAUAAGGGGAGAACGAUGAUAAAAGCUACUAGUUCGUAUGGAUUUUAAGAAAGAAAGAAAAAUACUGAGCAAUAGGAAUCGAAGUAAAAACGGACUCAUUGUUUAUUUAUUUUUAAGGAUUCAGUUCUAUAUCUACCGUCGUCUAAAUGCUGACAGGGGACAAAGACAAAAACAAAAAGAGCCGAGAUGUGUACUGCUUCCUCUUCUAAACAUGAAGCCUCCUCAGCAGUCACUUUUCCUGCUUGUUGAUUCCAUUGAUGAGGGCUGUCAAUUUGGGGAGGGUGAGCAUCUCAUCUCAUCCAGUACACCCAAGACUAUUGCUGAGCUCUUGGUCAGUCAUCAUGAGUUGCUGCCUCCUUGGCUGCUGCUUAUUUGCUCUGCACGUAAGCAAAAUAAAGCCAUCACCAAGCUCUUGAGAAGAUUCCAUAAAAUCACCCUGGAUGAUUUGCGUAAAGCAUAUAUUGUCAAGGAUGUUCAACAGUAUAUCCUCCAGCGGCUGGAUCAAGAAGAAGCCCUGAGGCAGCAUCUAACAAAGGAGACUGCAGAAAUGCUUAACCAACUUCACAUCAAAAGCAGCGGUUGCUUCCUUUACUUGGAAUGUGUGCUGGAUGGGGUGGUAGAUAAUUUGAUCAUGCUACGGGAAAUUCGUGACAUCCCAGGCACUCUUAAUGGCCUUUAUCUGUGGCUUUGCCAGAGAUUAUUUAUCAGAAAACAGUUUGCCAAAGUCCAACCUAUUCUUAAUGUAAUACUAGCAACUUUCAAGCCUCUUACAGUCAAGCAACUGUAUCAUGCAGUCUGGACCAAAAACAUGACAUUGACAAUGGAAGAGUUUCAGAAGAAAGUUGAAAUUCUUUCUAAGUUGUUGAAAGAUGGUAUUGGAAAUACUAAAAUUCUCUUUCACAACAGUUUUGCUGAAUGGCUCCUGGAUGUCAAGCAUUGCACUCAAAAAUACUUGUGCAAUGCUGCAGAAGGGCAUCGGAUGUUGGCCAUGAGUUACUCUUGUCAAGCAAAGCACCUCAAAUCGCUUCAAGUACAUGAUUUUGCUCUGCAUCUUGUUCAUUCUAAUCUACAGAUUGAGCCAUUUAAUUUGGCUCUUUGGAUGAUUUGGAACGGGACCCCCACAAAAGACUCUUUGAACACAUCCAUACCAAGAGACCAGCAGGUUCUGCAGCUUUUGGUCAAAGCUGGUGCUGAUGUUAACAAUGAGGAUACUCAUGCUUCAAGUAUUUUACACCAGGCCCUUGAAAAAGAGGACUCAAUAAGAACAUUACUUGACAAUGGCGCAUCUGUAAACCAGUGUGAUUGCAAUGGAAAAACCUUAUUGGCCAAUGCUGCUUACAGUGGAAACCUUGAUGUAGUUAAUUUACUUAUAUCUAGAGGAGCAAAUAUGGAGCUUGAAGACAACGAUGGGCAUACGCCUCUUACUCUUGCUGCAAGGCAGGGUCAUACUAAAGUGAUUAACUGUCUUGUUGGCUGUCAGGCCAACAUAAACCACACAGAUCAAGAUGGAUGGACUGCUCUUCGUUCAGCAGCUUGGGGUGGACAUUCAGAAGUAGUGUCAGCUUUACUCUAUGGUGGUGCCAAAGUGAACUGUACUGAUACUGAUGGAAGAGCUGCUCUAAGAGCAGCUGCUUGGGGAGGUCAUGAAGGCAUAGUGUUAAAUCUUCUGCACCAUGGGGCUGAAGUUAACAGAGCAGAUAAUGACGGAAGAACAGCUCUCAUUGCUGCAUCAUACAUGGGACACAGAGAAAUUGUUGAGCACCUUCUGGACCAUGGGGCUGAAGUUGAUCAUGAGGAUGUUGAUGGAAGGACUGCACUCUCCGUAGCCGCUCUUUGCAUUCCUGCUAGGAAAGGUCAUGCAUCAGUUGUCAGCCUUUUGAUAGACAGAGGAGCGAAGGUUGACCACUGUGACAAAGACUGCAUGACUCCCCUCCUUGUUGCAAGCUAUGAAGGACAUGUAGAUAUAGUCAAUCUACUUUUGGAAGGUGGAGCUAAUGUGGAUCACACUGACAAUAAUGGACACACUCCUCUUCUGGCUGCUGCAUCAAUGGGCCAUGCACUUGUAGUCAACACAUUACUUUUCUGGGGUGCGGCUGUGGAUAGCAUUAAUAGUGAAGGCAGAACUGUGCUGAGCAUUGCGUCUGCUCAGGGGAAUGUGGAGGUAGUCAAAACUCUGCUGGACAGAGGACUGGAUGAGAAUCAUAGAGAUGAUGCUGGAUGGACCCCCCUACACAUGGCCUCGUUCGAAGGGAAUCAGCAAGUGUGCAAUGCACUAAUUGAACAAGGUGCUCAUUGCUUAGCAGUUGAUAAUGAUGGUAGAAUACCAUUAAUUUUAGCAACACAGGAGGGACAUUAUGAUUGUGUGAAAGUUCUUCUGGAAAACAAGUCAUGUAUUGACCAAAGGGGAUAUGAUGGAAGAAGUGCCCUCAGGGUUGCUGCACUUGAAGGUUACAAGGAAAUUGUUGAGUUACUUUUGAGUCAUGGUGCUGAUAUAGAUCACAAAGAUGCAGACGGGCGCCCAACACUUUAUAUUUUAGCACUUGAAAACCAGCUGGCCAUGGCUGAGUAUUUUCUUGAAAAUGGAGCUAAUCUGGAAGCUUGUGACACUGAGGGCAGAACACCCCUCCAUGUAUCCUGCUGGCAGGGACAUCUUGAAAUGGUAAACCUUCUUAUCACCUAUCAUGCUGAUGUGAACUCCUGUGACAAUGAGAGGCGAUCUGGCCUGCAGUCAGCUGCAUGGCAAGGCCAUGCAAAAAUUGUGCAGUGUUUGAUUGAACAGGGCGCACAAGUUGAUCAAACAUGCAACCAGGGAGCAACAGCACUAGGGAUUGCUGCUCAAGAGGGUCACAUUGAUGUUGUGCAAUUACUUCUUGAAAAUGGCGCAGACCCCAACCAUGCAGACCAGUUUGGACGAACCGCAAUAAAAGUGGCAUCAAAAACCGGCCAUUCAGUAAUAUUAAAACUUCUGGAAAAGUACGGAGCAACAACUCUAAAUGGCUGCAACAUUUCUCCAGUGCAACGCAUGGAGACAAAAACACCAAUGACAACGACUAGUCAAAUGCCAUCUCUCCCAAUUAUAUCUAGUAGCUCCAGCAGCACUGGAGAGGGGGAUGUGCAGUUGUCUGUUAGAGGUGUAGCCAAUGAACCCAUGCAUGCUUUCAGUUCACCCUCAGAGUCACCAGAUUCUACUAUGUAUGAUCAGAAAUCCUCCAAGUCAAAUAAAUCUCCUGUGAGUUCAAACAACUCUUUGAAAACCACAUCAUCUACAGCUACAGCACAGACUGUGCCAAUUGACAGUUUUCAUGGAAUAACACAUACAGAACGAAUUCAACAACUUUCACUACAUUGUAGCCAAAUUAGACAGUCUAGUCUGUCAGCAUCAUCUAUCACAAAGUCCAUUGGUCAGAAACUAUCAUCUCCAUCUUGUGACUUUAAUUGGUCUCAGUUAAAACUUAGUCUGAAGUCAACAAAGAGCAAAAACAUAGUGAGUGCCAAAGGUCUAAUGAAUGACAUAAACGGCAGAUCAACACAAGGCCAAGUUUUAGGGUAUGAAAUGACCCAAUUUGGCAAGAGAAUGUCAAACAAAUCCAUAGAAAAUAUCUCGAUGAAAGAUCCACAGAAACUCAUGGCCAUUGAUUCCAUUCAGCACAAACGGGAGCAAUGUCACAAUCACUUUCCCAUCCAGCAGCAGAAGUGCUUAGAGAAAAAAAGGAAUGGUAUAAUGACGAACCCCAAUUAUUAUCUACAAGGGAAUCAAGUUUUCUCAGGUAGAGUUCCUCAAACUUUGCAAAACGAAAGCCAUCAAGAUGUACUACAAAAUAACUUUGUUGAAAACACUGAUCUUUACCUUAAUCAAGACCUGCGGCUGCAAAUUGAAGAGUCAGACCCUGAAUUCAAUUACAAAAAAGAGACACCUUUAUAAGUGAUGAUACUUGGUUGAUGAUCCAGCAGAUUUUCUCUGCAUUGUAUUUGUAUAAUAAAUUCUUACAUAGCUGUAUGGCACGAUUUUUUUUAAAUUUUUUUUUAUUAUUAUUAUUUUUUUGUCACGCGACAGAUAGGCUAGUAGAUUUAAAAAACAAAAGUCUACCCGCCAACACUAUUUCAUACAAUGAUAGUACCGUAUUUUCCGCACUAUGGGGUGCACUGCAUUAUAAGCCGCAAUCUUAAUUAGUGGGUCUUUUUCUGUACUUAACUCAUACACAAGGCGCACUGUAUAAUAAAGCAAAAAAAAAAAAAGGUAACAGAAGCAAAACAGUGAGUUUAGUUAAACUGUAUUCCACUAUUUAAAAGGGCCCUACCAUGAUUUUCUUAAGCCAUUCAGAGUGAACUAUAUCCACAUAUCUGACCAUAUAUCACCUUUGGAAAACUAAAAAACAAAUUAUUUAUGAAAUAUCAAUUAUUUUUCUAGACUUUUUUCCAACCUGAAAGUAAAACGACUCGAUUCCUGAAGUUCCACCUGCUGGUGUGUGUGGGUCCCACCCAUUUCAUAACGUCAUCCUAGAGUCUUUCUUUCUUCGUUUCUCCUACAAAAACAAACAGUAUCCAAAUUUCUUCAGAGAUGGAUGCACAUACCAUAUAUCUGCCUUUAGCAACCCCUGCCAUCGCUACACUGGUUCACAACACAAAUACACUCGACGUCUGCACGACUAUGACGAACCAGAGGGGAAUUUAUUGAAGACACUACACAACUGAAAGAUAUACUGUACUGUGCAUCAUAGAAUGUUUAUGGUAGGGCCCCUUUAACAAACUACUCUUAUAUUUUAUUUCAUCUUCUCCCACAAACGGUGUUUGAAUCAAACAGCUUUGUAAUUCCAUAAUCAGACAUGCCGGUUCCCUUUCACUAUUGUCGGAGUCGGUCUCAUUGGCAGGCUGUUGUUCAGCAAGGAUGACGGUGGUUUAAGCUAAAGCUUGGCCAACAGUUACAGCAGAUCUUAAGCCCAGGUGUCAACAAUCACUUCACGUAACUUGACCAGCGCUCCCUCCCAGUAAAAGUGUGCACACCAUCUGUUGUCUGUCAUCGCUCCCACGAACAAAGUGAAAGUGAAAGUAAAAGUGAAGCGCUCUACUUUGUAGUGAUGGAAAUUAUGAUUCCUUUAACUGACUCGAGUUUUAAUGAGUCACUCACCAAAAGUGAAUCGAAUCAUUUGCGUCACUGAGUCACGUACCCAGAGAGUGCAAAGUAAAAUAUGUUAGGUCCAAAUUCAUAUAGCUAAAUUAAUUAUGAAAAAAUUAAAACUAAUCAUUGCAUUGUGGGACACAAAAAAUAAUUAUUUAAAAUAAAAAUAAAAAAAACAUGAAUUUGUAUGUAUUAAUAACUCCAAUUAGAUUUGUGGAAAAAUAAAGUGAAAAUAAAUAAAAUGCAAACAAGAGAAAAUGUUAUUAUAUGCUAAAUAAAGAGCAGAAAUCAACUGAGUUUCUAUAAGUUUUGAAGUUUUAUUAAAUUAUUUGAGCAAUGAAAUUAACAAGUUUGAUAACAAGGUCAGUUUAUAUUUUUAAGAAGUGGUGGAUUUGAUUAAUAAUCUUUUAUUUGCUUUGCAAGACAUAAAAUGAAAAAACGAAUUUAUUAAUAUGGCAGCAGACCAUCAGGGCAAAGCAGCAGCUGAGCAGAGGAAGCAGCUCCUCCAGGUCAAACAGGCUGAUAAGCUAAAGCUAAGCUAAGGCUAAGCUAAAGCUCCAGCACAAUAGAUUCCUACAAGCUUCAGAGGGAGGCCGAGCUUCUUUCAAACGAUUAACCUCGAAACGAGGCGAACUGCUCUGUGAUUGGUCAGAGAUACGAGUCCUGACUCGUGAUUCAGUCCGAAAUGAGUGCUCUUCAGUGAGCCCCGAGUCCUGAACGGAUCAUAGACUGCUCCUCUAUGAGUCCUGACUCAUGAUUCAGCUCGGAGGAGGCGCUGUUCGGGUGUCCGGUGAGCUCUGAGUCAUGAAUCAUGAGUCAUUGCUCAUUUGAUUCAGCUCAAAACGAAGUGAAUCAAAUGAAUCAGAUGAGCGAUGACUCGAACACGCCCAUAUGAUUCAGCCCGGUGUAGGUAGCAGAUGUGCUCGGCCUGUCAGAUCGGCUCGGGGGCUUGCGACUAGUGAUGACGUCACGCAACUGUAACAAACGAGUUGGCUAAUUUGCCGUUUAUCUGUACUGGAACUGAUGUUUACAAUACAGUUUAUUUUUU